AACAGGAGGCAACAGAUACGUGGCUGCAGCUUUGUCUUCUGGUUGCCUUGGUGGUUCCGUGUAACUGGGCCCUUGGCGGAAUGGGCAAGUUCGGCAUGUUUUCCAGACGCGGAAUGGGAACUAGUAGAGGUGGAUUCGGUGGAUUCUUCUCUUCACUGAAGAAGAAAUUGCCCGUGCCUAUGUGUAACUUCUACAGUGGUCAGUUACCCAUGUCCGUCUGGCCGGAAAAGAGUGAUAUAUGCAUGCCGCAGGACAAAACCUUGUUUCCUUAUCCUGGACAAUUGGUUGAGAGAGCUCUGAGAAACGACGCACCCGCAGCACAGAUUUUACAGUUUUUGACACUGUGUUCCCAGUCCGUGCCAACCAUAGCAUCCUAUGGAACAUACGCAAUGUACCGUUUCCAAGAUGUCUGCCCAGUGGAGAGAGUGCUCGUAGACAAGGUUUGGAAGAUGAACAAAUACAGCAACCCUCCUCGCAAGGACGUCUGCUACGUGGUGCAUCCAGAUCAGCAGAACAUCGAGAUGUCCGUCUGCAGGACCAACUGCACAAUGGACACCUCUACCAUUUCCAACCACUUCUGUAUUCCUGAUGGUUUUGUCGAGCGCUCGAUCCUGGUGUUCUGCCCCUGGGACAUUGCGAGCCAGUGUCAGCUCGUCAAGAUCAGGGUACCCCGUGGAUGCAGCUGCAAGAAAUAUACCUGUCUUAAAUAUCAAUAAUUUAAAACCACGCCAAGGAACCUGUUUCAUCGCACCAUCCAGCAUGAUCCAGCGGACAAUGUUUUAAAAGCUAAACGUUUUAAUUGUGAAAACCGUAUGAGAAAUCGGUCGAAAAUAUCGAGAACGACAGUGAAUGCAUGGCAAAUAAUAGUUGUAAGAACUUUUCAUUGUAAAUAUCAUUUGUUGUACAUAGUAUUUUGAACGCGCGCCUGUACAUAAUGUUUGUUUCAAAUGUGAACAUGUAUUUAUGAAUAUGUUGAAUAUGACUGUUUUGUUUUAUCAAGACAGUGAAGUAUAAAGUAUUGCUCUGAUCCGUUAAUUGUUAUUAUAAAACUCUGCAAUAAACAUGUCUUGUUCAAA